AUGGCCUACAAAAAGUUCAAGGAGCGCAAGUCGGUCAAGCGCAGGCAAAGUGCAGCCGCCACUCGAAAGGCAAAGAUGCCGAAGAAAGAACCGCGCAACAACGAGGUGAUCGUCGGCCGGGUGAAACCAGAACAGUCGAGGUCCGAAUCUAAGCGGCCUUUACAGUAUGGCAAUCUAUCUUCCGAGGAUGAACUGAUGGAAUAUACGCUUCCGGCUUACCUGAAGCAGCGCCGUCUCCAAUUUGACCGCAAAACAGAAUAUCUUCAAGCCUCGGGUCUGAGAUUGCCGCCUUCGUAUGACGAGGUUGAGUUUUCUGAUAACGAGUGCCUCGAAAACUUACAGGAGAAACCAUCCUUCCUGGGAAGGACGCCAGUUCGUGAGUAUAAAGACAUCCCUUUACCUUACUCUCUGGGCAUCAUCCCUGCGCCGAUCGCGCAAUGGCUGCGCCAAUACCAAGUGGAAGGAGUCGCGUUUCUGCAUGAGAUGUUUGUCUAUCAGAAAGGCGGCGUGCUUGGAGACGAUAUGGGCCUUGGAAAGACGAUCCAAGUGAUAGCUUUCUUGACAGUAGCCUACGGAAAGACAGCUGACGAAAGAGAUGCCAAGCGAAUGCGCAAGAUGCGUAGAUCGCAAGAUAAUGUGUGGUACCCGCGGACCCUAAUCAUAUGUCCCGGAACCUUGAUUUCCAACUGGAUGGCAGAACUUCAACGGUGGGGAUGGUGGCAUGUGGAUAUGUACCACGGUCCCAACAAGGACCAGGCCCUUCAUGCUGCACGCUCUGGCAGAGUAGAGAUUCUCAUCACCACGUACACUACCUACGUGAACAACAAAGACUCUAUCAACAUGGUAGAGUGGGACUGCGUGAUCGCCGACGAAUGUCACAAGAUCAAAGAGCGAAAGUCAGAAACGACACUAUCUAUGAAUCAGAUCAAUGCUCUGUGCCGUAUUGGCUUAACCGGCACGGCCAUUCAGAACCGAUAUGAAGAGUUGUGGACUCUUCUCAACUGGACAAAUCCUGGUGUGCUCGGCCCAGUCACUUCGUGGAAGACCCAGAUCGCAGAUCCAUUAAAAAUUGGCCAAUCUCAUGAUGCAACCGUUAACGAGCUCAGCAAGGCUCGAAAGACAGCCAAGAAACUCGUCGAGAACCUGCUCCCGCAGUUCUUUCUGCGACGCAUGAAAAGUCUUAUUGCUGAUCAAUUACCCAAGAAAAGCGAUCGUGUAGUUUUCUGCCCAUUGACUUGGACACAAGCUGAGGCAUACGAGAACUUUCUGGACAGUGACAUUGUCGAUUACAUUAAGAAUUCCUCGGAGCUGUGUGACUGCGGAUCAGGAAAAAAGCAAGGCUGGUGCCACAAGAGGCUUCUCCCCGGCACUGAACUACCGUGGCAGGCCUUUGUAUUCCCUGCCAUCACCGUACUACAGAAGCUUAGCAAUCACCUUGCGAUCCUUAUUCCACAGGGAAAUGACCCGAGAGAAAAGCAGGAUAAGGACAGGGAUAUGCUGGAAAUUGCCCUCCCCGACAAAUGGGAAGAACUAUAUCGCUCUCGAGACUCAAUCGUCAACUACGCCAACCCUGAGUUCUGCGGAAAAUGGAAAGUCUUGCGCAAAUUGCUAAGAUUCUGGCAUGCCAAUGGAGAUAAAGUUCUUGUAUUCUCACAUAGCGUCCGAUUGUUGAGAAUGUUGCAGACUCUAUUCAACCAUACGAGCUACAAUGUGAGCUAUCUGGAUGGUUCGAUGAGCUACGAAGAUCGUGCCAAAGCAGUGGACGACUUCAAUUCCGAUCCUGCUCAAUUUGUCUUCUUGAUCUCCACCAAAGCUGGUGGCGUCGGAUUGAAUAUUACGUCCGCCAACAAGGUCGUGGUUGUUGAUCCAAACUGGAAUCCAUCAUACGAUUUGCAAGCCCAGGACCGAGCCUAUCGUAUCGGACAAACCCGUGAUGUCGAAGUUUUUCGACUCGUCUCUGCCGGCACCAUUGAAGAGAUUGUGUAUGCCCGACAAAUAUACAAGCAACAACAGGCUGAAAUCGGAUAUAAUGCUAGCUCUGAACGUCGGUACUUCAAGGGCGUCCAAGAGAAGAAGGACCAGAAGGGCGAGAUCUUCGGAUUGAAAAACCUCUUUUCAUAUCAAUACGACAAUGUCGUCCUGCGUGACAUCGUCAAUAAAACAAACGUGGCCGAGAGUCGGGCUGGUGUGCAAGUCAUGGACUUCGAAUUUGAGGCAGAGGAGGACCCCACCGGCGAAAGUCUCAUCAAAGCUGAAGACGAGGCAAUGAGCCAAUUGGCUGCAACGAUCCGCGGCGAGGCUGAAGACGGCUCAAACCCUCAACCAGCAUUACGGAAACAUGACCCAGUGCAAGCGAUUCUGGCUGGCGCUGGAGUUGAAUAUACUCACUUGAACAACGAGGUCAUCGGAUCCUCCCGUGUUGAAGAACAACUCAGUCGACGCGCCGCACAGACAACAAAUGAUCCAGGAGCCAACUUCCAAGUGUUCGACCCCUUGGAAGAUGAUGCCGACAUCGACGAUCCAUUCGUAGAACCUGAAAGUCUGCGUAAUUCCAAAAUGCCUCCCCCGUGGGCCGCUGAAGGAAGGGCUUCCAACUUCAAGUAUAAUCCACCAGCGGAUGUGCAACGUCGUCAAUUCUGCAGCAUGGCCCGGCGCUUCGGAUACAAGGAUGCUACAGAGUUUGCGCUCGUCGUCGAGAACAUGACUCAGGCUGAGCGGAGAGCGGCCCUUGAUCGGUGGUAUCAGGAAAGGCGUGAGAUCUUGAUCAAGGGGAGAGAAAGCGUGAGAUGA